AAACCACUGCGUGAAGUAGCUACGAGUAAUAUUGGCUCGGUGUACCAUUUCCUUUCCAGAGUUGUUGCAGUUCAGUGAGAAAUGGAAGACUUGGAGGAGUCGAUGUCUGACUGCAGUGUGGAUUGGAAUAUACUACCACCAAUGCCGCCAUUGAUGAAGUCGAAGAGGAAUAUGCGCGACCAUACUUCUAGAGAGCAUGGUCCAUCAUCCGUUCCACCAUAUCCUGCGUCCAACCUUUUAGAGAAAAACAUGGAGAAAGCGUCGUGUAUGAGACCUGCUUCACUGGGAAAGAAAGGGGACACGAGUAACAUACCCCCUGAGUAUACCAGCAGCCUAGUUCCUGUUCCUACUCCGCUAUUGAUAAGAUGGACGAGGAACAAAAUUCACUCAGGCAGCACUUCUAACCGUCGGCCAGCUUUUGAAGAGACAUUUCGAACUGCCUACGAAAGCGAACGGGAUGAAACAAUUUCUAGUACACCUUCUGAAGUGGAAGACGUGGUGAACUGGACGUCAGCGGUCAGCGGGUAUGAGAAACGUGCAUCGCAUGUGAGAUCAUAUCCUCAGUUUGAAGUGGACGCCUUAAUUCAAGCCACAGCGUCAAAUACUGGAGUGUCCGCUGGAAGAACAACUGAAAUAUGGGAGAAUCCGGAUGCGUGUGACAUGCCAGUCGGACACAGGCGUCCUAUCCGACAAAAUUUUGACUCUUCUAAGGCUAUGGCUCAGAAUCAGGUUUCACAAAAGCGUUCUAAGAAUAAGACCUCGCAAAGGUGUCAGUAUUGCCAAAAAGAGUUCAAAACAGUAUCUCACCUCCGCGUGCAUGAACGUGUUCACACUAGAGAUCGACCAUUCAAGUGUGAUGUAUGCGGGAAGUCUUUCACUCAGUCAUGCAGGCUGUGCGCUCAUAAACGUACUCAUACUGGAGAUCGACCAUUCAAGUGUGAUGUAUGCGGAAAGUCCUUCGCUCAGUCCGGCAAUCUCUGUGUUCAUAAACGUACUCAUACUGGAGAUAAACCAUUCAAGUGUGAUAUUUGCGGGAAAUCUUUCUCUCAGUCAGGCAGUCUGUGUGUUCAUAACCGUACUCAUACUGGAGAGAGACCGCACAAGUGUAAGAAAUGUGGCACAUCGUUCACGCAUUUGUCUAGUUUACGCAGACAUGAACGUAUCCAUUCUGCAUAAAGACCUUUUACCUGCAAGACAUGUGUGAGGUCAUCGACACAGUCAUCCUAACUACAUGACCAUGAACAUAUACAUAAAGGAGAACGUCCAUAUAGGUGCGGAGAGGGCAUAGUUCUCCAGAACAUCAUCAAGUUAUCGUAGACACCAGUGUAUUUAUAACCUACAAUGAAUAGCCUAAAAGUUGUUAGAUAGUGUUUUGUAUGGGUGAAAAUGUCUUUCUUCUCUUUGCGCUUAUGAAUCGUAAGAACACGAGAGAAAGAGUGUGUGCGUGUCUGUUUGAAAGAUAGUACUUGUAUAUAUUCGCAGCAUUUAAAAAAAGAAAUCAUUCUUUGAUGCUUUUCACAGUCCGGUCCUAGCCACACACGCGAUAAACAAUGAUUGUGCCGAAUCGCUAGCUGAUGUGGAUUAUGUAGUUCUGUAUUUCUGUUCUCUUCCAUAGUCUCGUUCUCAUGUAUUCAGUGAGAAGUUAAUAAUCUAAUUCAAGCAUAAUUCGAUCUGACAAAGUUUAAUAUAUUCAGAUCGUAGAUUUGUGCGAAGCGUUUGUGGACUUUUAAGAGACAAUGUCGUA